GUGACAGAAACUUUUGAAACAUUGAAGAGAUCAGUUGAUUGCAGACUGCACAUUUUUGUACGCCCGAACGUGAAAUUUAAAAUAUGAUGUCACUAAAAGAACGCAUUAUGAACUGGUUUCAAUUCUUGGGUUUAAGGGUCAUUAAGACUGGCGAAAUGCCUAAACACGUGGCAUUUAACAUGGAUGGUAACAGACGUUAUGCGAAUAAACAGAACUUGACGAUAGCAGAGGGACACUCAACAGGGUUCGACAAAAUGUUGGAGAUACUAUACUUGUGCAGGGAUCUCGGUAUUGUAGAAGUUACAGUUUAUGCAUUUAGUAUAGGGAACUUUAAACGUAGCAAAGAAGAAGUUGAUGAUCUCAUGGACCUUGCCAGAGAGAAGUUCAACUUUCUCUUAGAUGAGAAGGAAAAAUUGAAGGACAAUGGAGUAUGCAUUCGUGUGAUUGGCAAUUUUUCCCUGAUGCCAGAAGAUAUAUGUAAAUUAAUGGCUAAAGCUAUGAUUGUUACUAGGGAAAAUAAUAGAAUAAUUUUAAAUUUUGCUGUUGCUUAUGCAUCAAGGGAAAUUACUCAUGCAAUUAAGGAUGUAAUACAAGGUGUAAAAGAUGCUGAUAUUUUACCAGAACAUAUUAAUGAAGAUCUGAUUAGUAAUUGUUUAUACACUUACAAGUCUCCAAAUCCAGAUUUAUUAAUUCGUACUUCGGGAGAAACUCGACUUAGCGAUUUUCUCAUGUGGCAAAUUUCCCAUACCUGUAUGUACUUUACCGAAGUAUUGUGGCCUGAAUUCAGUCCAUGGAAUUUACUUAGAGCAAUUUUUUAUUAUCAGAGAUGUUAUCCUAGCUUGCAGACAAAUAUAAACAAUUUGAGACCAAUUACGCAUAAUUCUAGAGUACUCAUGUUUCUUGAUAAGUUGUAUAACGAACGUGAGAUGGCAAUCGAAAAAAUAUAUCAAUCAGCAACUCAAUCCUAGGAAUAAACAUAUAAAUGUAUAUUUAUAAAUCUACACAUUUGAAACGUUACAAAUUUGCUAAGUACAAUCAAAAUGU